AUGCUCCCCGGAGGAUUACUAGACUGCGUUCCAGUAGGAACUGGCCCAGUGCCCCCUGGUCUGCUACUAGACGGUAUUACGAUGGGGAAUGGGCUAGUGCCGCCUGGAGUGCUACCACUUGGCUUUCCAGCCGAACUUGGAGGAUUGAUGCUGCCGGGAGUGCUACUAGAACGCCUUCUACUUUCGCUCGGAAGAUGGAUGCCGCUAGGAGUGCUGCUACCAGAAAUACUAGAAGGGAUAAUGGGGGUAGCUCCUGAAGUGCUGCUGGUCAAGAUACCAGGAGGAAUGACGAUGAUACCUCCUGGAGUGCUGCUACUCUGGACCGAAGUUGGAUUGUCGCUUGAGAUUGCACUACUCGAGGGUUAUACAGAGCUAGCAGGUGGCACCGAAGACCCAGUAGCUGUAGUACUACCAGUAGGAUUACUCCAGACGCUUGAAGGGGAGGCAGAGGCACCAGGAGAGCUCGAUACUCUAGAGGACAAGAUCGCGGAUGAUCCAGUAACUGAGCUUGCUGAGACGGCAGAAGAUGGUACAGAGCCACUUGCAGCACUAGACCAAGCCGAUGACCCUGCGAGUGGAGAGGUUGCAGGUGUAGAGGAACCGGAAGCAGAGCUCGCCGGAGGUGGUGCAGCGAAGGUCCCUGAAGAUGGUGCAGCAUUGGUACCAGAAGAUGGCUUAACAGGAGUUCCAGAAGGUGUUGGAAUAACUAUUCCAGAAGGUGGCGGAGUAGAGAUCCCAGAGGAUGGUGUAGCAGAGUUUGCUGGGCCUGAAGACGCAGUCUGA